GAUCUUUAUUUUCUAUAUCUGGGACAUGUUUUUCCCUUGCACUGAAAUAAUUAUCUUAUCAUGUUUGAUAUCAGAAAGAAUGGUAAGUCUAAAAUGUAAAAUUCAGAUAACAUUGUAGAGGAUUUGACAUUUGUCUUGACAUUCAUGAUAAGAUAUGGAGAAAAUGUUGAAAUCGCUUAUGACGUCAUUAACGUUUGAUUCAUAUGAACGGAUUUAUCAACAAUAUACGGUUCUAUUUAUGAAACAAUUGAAAAUUAUUGCAACGGUUACGUUUGUUGUGCGGAAACAUACUGGUAAGAACAGGAGCAUGAUUUGCUACCCACUUCACAGAAAUAAAAGUUUCACUCUAAUACUUCUUGUUGUCGUCAGUAUUGCUUGUAGUGUUAAUGGACAGCUUUGCCAGAAAGCCGUCGUUGCCGGGAGAGCAAUCUGCAAGGACACAGCACCGUUCAUUGACGGAUUAGGACGAUGUGCAAGGAGUGCUCCUUUAGAGUAUGGAAAAAAAGGGUGUGGCUUUAUUGGAUCUGGUUGUCGAUGUCAAUCUAAUCAUGUUCUAAACAUGGUAGCAACAAAUUCAACUGCGAUCUCCCAGUUGUCAGGUCUAAUUGGACGGAAGUGACUACAUCUUUGGAUUGAAAUGCAAACAUAUUAAUACAUGUGUAUAAAUGCAUGACUCAUCA